UGAGCCGAAGUCAUUAUGUAUCUAACAGGCACCAAGGGAAAUGGAGUCUUACGCUCCAGAAGAAGACACCCAGAUGACUGGCCCUGGUGAUGAGAAGCAAAUCCGAAACGCCGAGACGACCUUUGAGGAACCAGAGCACGGCCGGCAGACGCAGAAGGCCCAGAGAAAGAGCCAGCUGAAGAAACAAAUCAUUCUCGAAUCGGUGCGCAAAAUGGAAGGGCGGCAUCUGGACAAGGCUAUUGCCAUCAUGGAGAAAGAAAUCCGCCGGACGAAGAAAGCUGCCGAGAAGUUGGAAGAGCUUGACGGGAAGCGUGUGGCUGAGCCGGCCGUCACGACCGCCGCUGAAUCGCGCCCGUUUGACGUGGAGGAGAGCAAGCGGAUGAGCGAGAAGGAUCACGGACGCCGUGUCACAGACUCCAAGGACGAUGCCGAGUCGAACGAUCCGACGCUGGGCGAGCUGUGCGGCCUGCUGGGCCUCCCGGACUCCGAAAUCUCGCCCGGCCGCGGCGCAUGCAAGAUCGGCUACCCCCUGCAUCCCAAAACGCGCGUGGCUACGCUGGGCACGCUGGGGCUGGCGUCGCGCCCCCGCUAUGUGUAUCGCGUCGUGCACAAUGCCAUGCCCUUCAGGGGGCACAAGGCCCGCGGUUACGGGCGGGUGGUGGCCGAUCCGCUGAUCUUUCAGCUCUAUCUGCAGAAGCAUCUGUUUUGGGCGAGCCGGUGGCAGAGCCCGUUCCUGUCGGUCGCCACCACGAUGGAGAAGGUGCUGGAGUUCACGGGCAUCUUUUGGUAUCAGGGCCAUUACGGCAUCAAGAUCUACACGAUCGACACCCAUCUGGAUGCGCGGAAUCAUACGAGGCAACCCAUGUUUGAUGUGAGUGAGCUAAUAUGGGAAUUGGGCCUGCCGCGGCGGGGCAACCUCUUCGAGGAGGAGUGCGUCGUCAUGCACUCCAUUCCCGAGGCAUGCGUUGUGAAGACGAUGGAGUGGGAUGAGAUAUGGCGGACGCACAAGAAGACGCUGAUGGAGAUUGGCAAGAGCCAGAAGAUGAAACCGAAAGGUGGACCUAGCCAGGAGUGGUUGGAGGAACGGCGGCGCCUAUAUGGGGUUAACUCCCGGAGGCUUCUGCCUUUUCAUGUGCCCGUCUGAGGGCACCCUCGAG